UUGAAAACCCGAAACGAGAAGCGAAGAGGAGGCAGAAAUUCGCCGGCGUUGGGGUUACUGUCUCCGAAAAAAAUCUUGCCUUAACCCAAAAGUGAAUGAGAGGGAAGGUAUCUGCCUCCAGCUACUGAGCAAGCAGACUUCGUGUUAUCAGCCAGUGUAUCGCAGACAAGAAGCCAGAUGGACACCGGAAACACCACGGAAGAAAAAUCCGUUCAACGAUCCAAGUCCUUCAGCUUCAACACCCAGAAGGAAGUGUGUACAUCAUGUUUGAAGACAGUCUACCCAAUGGAGAAACUGGUUGCAAACAACCUUGUCUUCCAUUCAGCAUGUUUCUGCUGCAGGCACUGCAAUGCCAAACUCAGCCUUGGCACUUUUGCAUCUCUUCAAGGUGAAUUUUACUGCAAACCCCACUUCAAACAACUGUUCAAGAGCAAAGGAAACUAUGACGAGGGUUUUGGACGCGAGCAGCACAAACAGCUCUGGGCCGCUAAGGAGACAAAUACUAUAACAAAGACGCCAUAAUCAUGUCUGCCUUUGUCCUGUCGCAGACCUGCCUCUUCUUUUCCCUCCUCCUAACACCUCCAAUGCAUCACGAUGAACACAUGCCUCAUAAGCUGGGGCACUGUUAAAUCACCCACGCACUCACUCGCUUUUUAAAUGCCAUCAAAACAAAUACAUGCACAGACAUCUUGAAAAUUACUGGGCAGUCAUGAUAUAUACCACUUACCGUAAUUUUGAGUAUAAUUUGAUGAUAACUCUUAAUUUCCUAAUUGUAUUUUCCAAUUUCCUGUUUGAAAUUGGUAGUUGAUUGUGACCAAAAGCCUUCUCUGGUGUGGAGAGUGGAAUAGUGAAGAUUUUUUUUUUCUCUCUUUUUAUUUUGUUUUAAUUAAUUGCACCCUUUUACUUUUAGAAAUAAGUAAACUGUAUGCUCAGGCAAGCAUAUCUAAGGGGUUAAAGAGCAUCACGUUUUGCGUUAGGGCAUACACUCAGGUCAGUUUUAACCCAUGGGUUUAAAAGAAGACUUAUCAGAUUUUAUUACUCAUUGUAAAAACACACAUCAAAUUAAAAAAAACGAUCCUCUGUAUUAUGACAAUGCUGUCAGACAGGUUUGUCAGGUUUCAUAUAUUUGAGGAACAAACAGGGUACAAUGUACUGUAAAAUAACCGUGCACGUUAGCAACAACUCACCUCUUGUGUUUAUAUUUUAGCUUUCGUUAGUCUUAUUAUUGCUCACUUCAUCACACGGUUCUUCAUUAUUUUAAUGAGUCUUGCAUGUUGGCAUGACUGGGUCCUGAUAGCCUUAUCUUAUGACUGUAUUGAUCGUUUGUGGUGUGAGUGUUACUUUCAUUUGUUUCUCUUGCAUAGCGAUGAUCUUUUUAACAUUUUUAGACCCACUUGAGUUUAGAUUUGAUUGAUGUCAUGGCAUAAGUUGAUCUCUGAGCUUUUUAUGGUUACGAUUUUAAUGAAUUUUUCAGAUUGUGCUUUGUAUACUGUCUGUAUACUAGCUGUAGUUUGUGAUUAGUAAACAUUCCCCUCUGUGCUGUACCCUUGUCUUGCACAUAUAUCUACACACGAUCACCAGACAAAAGGUUAAUUAUGGCAGGGAAGCUGAGCUUUAGUAUGUAAACAUCCCUCCAUCUGUCCUAUGAAACAUUUUAAGAGGAACUGUAAACACCUGGAUAAAUUGAUUAUUGCAUGUAUGCUAUAAAUGAGGAUGUUGAUGGACAGAGCUUAGGUCUCACAGUGUGUUGCUUCAUAAUUUCAUGCUUGUCAGCUUGUUGUUGUCUUGUGAUGAAGUUUUAAAAGCUGUAUUAUAGCGACAUAAACAUCCAGUCACUCUGUCUUGAACCCCUGAGUCCUUUUUCAGUUAAUGCCUUCUGAUUCUCCUGUCUUAUUUGCUAAAUGCAACUGGACCUAUUUCUUAAUAUAAAUGUUACAAUAGAUGGAUGGAUAGUUUGUCACAUAUAUGGGCACCCUGAUGUGUGGCUGCAUGCAAAAGCCAGUGCAGAGCACCCCCUGCUGGGGAAAGUGUGACAAUAGCGUCUCACAUGAGAGGAUAAAACGAUAACUUGCCCAUGAUUUGAGUAUAGCCUUUAUUUUCAAGUUUUUGAGUUGGAUCAGCAGCUUCUUUUGAUCUUAUUUAGUUUUAACAUGUAAGAACAAUUAAUUCAAUGUAGAUUUCCAUGGUUUUAUUUCAUUCUGUACAAAGGAUAACUCCAAAGCCAUCAAAUCAUCACAUUUUAGAAAAUGUCUGAGUACCGCUGACACUUGAAUGGCACAAAGUACUUUCUGUGACUGAGGGUUUACUGUUAAUUUGAGCUUGCUGUGCAGAAUAGGAAGCAAAACAGAUGGAUUUUUUUUUUUUUUAAA